GUAAGCACUGUAAAUGACAAAUCCCUUGACAAAUCAAUGUAAAGAGGAUUAGCACUAUUUGCAAAGCUAUUACAUUUUCAGGAAAAAAAAAGACUUUCUCUUAAAUUUGUAGCUUUUUAGUAUAGUUUGGGUGUAAUUAUGUAGUUUAAAUUGUGCAAACAGUUAAAAAUAAUAAUGAAUCUUCAAUGGGUGACCUUUUUAAUUGGAACACAAUGUUUAGUUUUUGGAGUUGUAUGGUCCAGCGAUAUUACUCAUCUAGUAUUUUCGGGAUUUACGGAUGGCAUGCCGGCAGCUUUUGGUGAUUUCAAUUCGGAUGAACUUACAGAUGUGUUUGUCUUGCUGGAUAACCAAAAAACUCUUGAGAUAUUAUUGGCCUAUGAAGAAGAACCUUUGUUAAGACCAGCCAAACAAGAACGUUUAAGGUGUCCAUUUAGCAAUUCCAUUAUUACAAGUGUGGUACCAGGGGACUUUGACGGAGAUGCUUUGAUGGAUGUUAUGGUGACUACCAUUCACAAGAGAACCGAACAAGACAGCGAACUUGAACGAUCCUUAACUUAUGUGCAUAUUUUGUGGGGAGGAGCUACGUACUUGAAUUGCAGUGAUGAAGAAAAACCGAUUAUUCAAAUGAUUGGACAACCAUUAGCAUUUGAUUACAAUCAAGAUUUGAUAAUUGAUUUAUUUGGACAAGAUGAACAUAAUAAUCGAAUGUUUUGGGUAUUUAAUAACACCAGAGGGCCACCACAAGCAAUACCUAUGGAAGAUAAUAGAAGUAGGGCAGAGUUAAGAAGACCUCAUGCUCAUGCAUUUUUAGAUCUCAGCGGCGAUUUUAUGUCUGAUUUAUUUAUAACAACCAAAGAAAACACUGCUGAAAUAUGGCUUGGUAGCAAAACUCCUGGAAAAUUUGUAUACAAUUCGGUAAUUCAAUUUCCUAAAGAUGCAAAAGUAAUUGGUCAGUCUAUAUUCAUCGAUGUUGAAUUGCGGGGUCAUAUGGAUUUAGUUACACCAAUAUGCUAUAAUGAGUUUUGCACGUCUAGUGCCCUAAUGGUAUAUUCAGAUGGUGAAUGGUUAAAUUUGCAGGUAAAUUUCAAAGAUGACAACUCAAAUCUUUGGCGGUUUUACUUGAAACCAGGAAGUAGAUACACUGAUACUAUUACACUAAGAAGUGGGGAUUUUAAUAUGGAUGGAUAUCCAGAUAUGUUGGCCACAUUGGCACGCGAAGGCAGUGAUUACCCCCAGUCAUUCUUAUUAGAAAAUGUUGCUUGCAAAUCGGGAUGCGGGAAAUUUAAACGGUCAUAUGCUAUAAACUGGAAUGCUUUAAGUCCUUUUAGAAAUGGCACUGCAAUGGCUUCCUUCUUUGACUUUUAUCAAGAUGGAAUAUUGGAUUGUAUCAUAGUAACUUACAAUGGCAAAGAAUAUCAUGCUGCUGCAUUCAGGAAUAGUCUGGACUAUGAUGCCAACUUUAUAAAAGUGAUGGUAUUGACUGGUUUAACAAACAAAAAUAAUCAGAUGAUUAUGGGUAGGGUGGGUAAGAAAAGACGUACCUACGGUACUAAUCUGCCAGGACCUCUUAUUUCAUACAAAACCACUACACAAGAAGGCAGUUUGCGGCAUGGAAUAUCAGCACAGCUUCCACAGUCUGCUCAUUUUAGUUUAAAUUUACCUUACACAACGUUUGGUUUAGGAAGGACUCCGAAUUUUGUUGACUCUGUUACAGUAGGUCUUUCUGAAAAUCACAAAUCUUGGACGCAAAUCAUUCCUAACUCCCAGAUGGUGGUGAUCCCGUGGCCUCCGGAUCAACCAUAUAAGUGGAAAGCACAGUUAUUUGUCACUCCAAGCAAAUUGAUAUUGAUGUCUGUUGCUGCAUUAACUGCGGUUUGUGGCAUUAUAACUGUGAUAAUUGGGGUUUUGCAUUGGAAGGAAAGGCAAGAGGAUAAGAAGGAAAGGCUAUCAGAGUCUCAUAGGUUUCAUUUUGAUGCUAUGUAAAACACUGUCUACCAAAGUUUUAGUUCAGCUUUUACACAAUAUUAAACCAAAUAAAUGACUACUGUUCUUGAAAGUUAUUAUGAUAUUAAAUAAUAAUUUCAAAUGCUACUAUUCUUUGUUGUCCUUUGUUUUGUAUUAUAUAAAAUGUACAGUAACAUAUUUGUGUAUUAAACCAGUACCGAUGUAACAAUUUAUGUUAAUGUAGGAACCGCUUUUAUUAUAUGAUAAAAGAUUGUUGAAGGAAAUAUUCACAAUCUAAAAUUUUUUGAUAAAAUAGAUACUUGUAUAUACUAGAAAA